ACAAAAUUAGGUGGACAUUAAUAUGAAAUUUUGUUAGUAGUUUAUAAUAUGACCACAUGAUAUCACUAUUAUAUAUCUAAUAACUAACAAUAAAGUUGCAUGCAACGCUAGGCAUAAUUAUACAAAGAGAACAUCGGUAAAUGAACGAGGAAGGGUGAAUUUGCGUACUAUUGCUUGCAGAGAAAGCUGUCCUCAAAUGCUUUAUGCUUUGAACAAUAUCAAAAGCUACAUAUAUUAUAUAUAAAAUAAAAGCAAAGGCCAUUAAGCAACCUUCAGAAUUCCCAGUCUGACCCACCUUCUGGCCUUAUAUUUAUAUUUUUUUGACAUAUAUAUAUACAGGCUAACAAUCCAACGAGUAGUCGCAAGCAUAGGCCUCUCUCUCUCUCUCUCUCUCUGGUGUUUUGCUUCUUCAGGCUCGACUCGUGCCUUUUCACUUCCACUAGAAAACUGAGUCAAGAGACAUGGCAAAGCAAGUAGACAUCAAGAAGGUUGAAUUGAGAGUUUCAGUCAAUUGUUGUGAUGGAUGUAAGAAGAAAGUCAAGAAGGUAUUACGAAGUAUUGAAGGGGUUUACAAGACUGAAAUCGACCCUUUGCAGCCCAAAGUGAUAGUCGUAGGGAAUGUGGAGCCGCAAACUUUAAUAAGGAAGCUAUUAAAAUCCGGAAAACAAGCAGAAAUAUGGAACUACGAGAAUUACAGUGCAGGAAAAGAAAAGAAGGAAGUACAAGAAGCAGUGAUUACGAGAGAGGAAGAUAAAGAAAAAUCAAAAUCUGUGUAUUGUGAGCAGGCAAAAUGCUCAGAAGCUACUGUCACUGCCACUGAUAAGAUCAAAGAGAGGGUGAAUGGAGGGGAGGAAGGCAAGAAUAGAUCAUCCGAGGAUCACAAGGAUACAAACUGCAUGGCCAACACCACCACUAGCCCUUACAUAACUGAAAGAGAAAAAACUCUUCCCCCUCAACCACAAGUAACUUGCAUCAUACAUCCAAGCAUGUUGUAUGAUAGGGGUAAAGUCAGAACUGAUACACAGUAUUGCUACAUGAUAGAACCUUGCACAAUUGCCUUACCCUCUUAUCCUAUACAUUCAUACCAAGCACCUCCUCUCUCUCUAACAUGUUGCAGCCAGGAACAUGGCAACUGCAACUAUGGAGGGCCAGUAUCUCAACCAUCAGUGAUCCAGACACCAGCAGCAAAGGUUGGGGACUAUUUCAGUGAUGAGAAUACCACUGGAUGUCAUGUGAUGUGAGUACUCCAACACCUUGUUCAAGGAAGACAAAGAAUUGGGAAGGAAUGGUUUCUUCUUCACAUGUGAACUUCCUAGUGCGAUUCCCAAUGUUUGAUUUAAGGAUGAAUCGCUAGUCUUUUUGUAGUCUACUACUUGGUGAGGUUUUUGUUUCUCCUUUCUUCUAUGACAAUGAGAGCCACAAUUAUGAAGACGACCUAUUUAAAAAUUUUCAUCAUGAACAAUGAUAUUUACCGAUACAUCCAUCAAAAGAAUGAAAUGACAGGGUAGACAGGCUGCACUCAUGAAUUUUCUCUUAAAUUUAAUGCCAGGGGUUAGCCUAGUGGCUAGAACUUGUGUACCUCACUAGAGGUCACAGGUUCGACUCUGUCCUUCCCCUCCAAUGUA